GGAAGGAUAGAUUUUAGGGAACUUUGUAUAAUGUUGAGUGUAAUAUUUAAUUCUGAAGAGAGUGAUAGAGCAGAAAUUUUGUUAGCAUUUUAUGAUUUUGAUUAAGAUGGUAAAUUAAGUAAAUCAGAGAUGGAGUUUUUCAUUUAAGAAAAUAGAUAAUAUUUAUAGAAGAAUGAUUUUGAGGUUUAAGAAAUGUAAAAAGAGAUGUUUAAGAUUUGGAUAGAUAGUAAUUUUAAUUUAACAAGGUAUUUUGAGAUAUUUGAAUUAUUACCUGGUCCUCUUAAAGAGAGAGAGAGAAUUAAAGAAAUGUUGUAAUCAACAUCGGCAUCUUCAUAAAAAUAAUAUGUAAUAAGUUAUAAAUGGUGGGAAUUAUGGAGAUUUUAUGUAAACUUUAAUUUUGCCAAUAAUCCAAAAAAAAAGUUAGCACAUAUAUCGAUAGUAGAUAUAGAAGAAAUGGAAGAAUAAAAGAUAAUAGCACCAUAAUAAGAUGAUUAAGGUGUUUAAGGUUCUUAAUUUGAAGAGAAAAAUGAAGAUCUUUAUAAUCCAAGAUUAAAUUUGAAUCAUGGAUUAUAAGAAUCUGUUCAUGGUUCUUAAUUUUGUAUAAUUGAGAAUUAAACUUCAAUUAGACCAGGUCCUAUUGAUAAUUCAGAUAUCUAAGGAGAAUAUGAAGGUGAAUUAAAAACUAAUAUAUUAAAUAAUCAUGAUUAUUUAACAUUACCAGAAUCUGCUUGGUUUUCAUUAGUUUAAUGGUAUGGAUGUUAUAAUAAUUUGGCAUAUAAAAGAAGAUCUUUUCAUGAUGAACGUACUAAAACAUAAAUUGUUGAUUUGUAUCCUCCUGUUCUCUAAGGAUAUAUAACUACAAAUAAAGGAGAAUUAUCAUUUAAAAAAUCAUAUAAAUUUAUGGUUAAUUCAAGAAAAACUAUGCAUAAUGUUUUUCAUAAAUUAAUUAAAAAGUUUAAGAUUAAAAACUUAUAUGAUUAUUAAUUAUAUUACAUGAAAGUAAAUGAAUAAUGGACACUUGUUUAAGAUUUAGAUUUAAAAUUAUUAGAUUUAUAAAUUGUAUCUGGUACUUUUGUAACUUUAAUCUUAAAAGGGAUAACACCUAAAUCUAUAUUUUAAUAAGUUGGAUGUGGUUUAGGUUAAAUAUAUGAUGUUUAACAUCCUGUUUCUAAUGAAUGGUUAUUAUGUAUAGUAAACGGAUUUUCUGAAGAUUUUACUAAUCUUAGAUUUCAUAUCUAAAAAGAAAGUUAUUAAAGAGAUUUUUGUAUUCCUUCUACUGAAAGAACUCAGAAAAUGUAUCCUCCAAAUACUAAAUAAAAAUAAGAACCAAAAUAUUUUUAUAUUCCUCAUCAUAUAGGUUUAUUAAAUUUGGGAAAUACUUGUUUCAUCAAUACAGUUGUGUAAUGUCUUAUAAAUACUCCUGUUUUUGAUGAUUAUUUAUAUAAAUAAGCAUUCAAAUAAGAAAUUUUAAAGAAUUCAAAAUUUUCUUAUUUAAUUGAUGAAUUAUCUAAAGUAGCAAUUAAAUUGAAAGAUUAAAAAGAUAAAGCAUUUGCACCUGAAUAAUUUAAAAAAGCUAUAGAUUAAAAUUUACCAGCAUUUUCUGGAUUUGAAUAACAUGAUGCUUAAGAAUUCUUAAAUAUUCUUUUAGAUACAAUGUCAGAUGAAUUGAAAAAGAAUGUAUAAAAGAAAUCAAUUGGUUAAUCUAAUAUCAAUAAUUCUUUUGAAUAAUUUGAAACUGUUGUAAAGGAAUUAUUUACUGGUAAAACAGUCAACACAUUAAUUUGUUAAAAUUGUUAAUAUAAAAGUUAAAAAUAUGAGGAAUAUUAUACUUUAAGUUUACCAAUUCCGAUAAAUGAUGAAAUACCUAUAUUUAUAAUUUUGUUUAAAAAAUGUUAAUCAUUGUAGAGUGAGAUUCCACCAUUAGAUAAGUAUGGAAUUAAAGUUUCAAAAUAUGCAUUGUUAAAAGAUUUAUUCAUUGCAAUUGAAAAAGUAACUGGAAUAUCUUAAUAAAGAUUUGAAUUAACAGAAAUUUAUAGAAAUUAGAUCCAUAGAUAAUUUGGGAAUUUGAAUCCAUCUAUCCCAAUUAGAUAGAUAGGAUUAAAAGCUAAUUAAUUAUUGCAUGUAUUUGAGGUAGCUAAAGUUGUUAAAGAUGCUGAAGAUGAAUUUUAAGAAUUGAUAUCUAUGUUUACAUAUAGGAGAGACAAUUUCUAAAAUUUAGAUUAUGUUGAUAUUGAAGAUAGAUUAGGAGAUUGGAGACAUGGUUAAAUUAUAUCUAUAAAUGAGAGAAAUCAUGAUAAAAGUUAUAAAGUAUAAAUAAAAAAAUAGAAUGGCCAAUCAUAAAAUUCAUAAACAUUUUAUUCUUAUUAAUUGUAACCUUUUAGAAGCAGAGCAUAGAAUUUAAAAAAGUUUAACUUAGUUACUGUUACUAAUCGUUAUUACAACAAAGCAACUGAAUAAUAUGAAAAAUUCUCAUUUCCUUUUUUCAUUUUAGUGCCAUCAUCUCAUAUUACAUUAUAAGAGUUUUAGGCUUUGAUAUAUAUAUAAGCUAAACGAUUUAUUGAUUUUGUAAGUUUAUUAUAAUUAAUCAUUAAUAGGGUUAUUUGAAAAAGAAAAGUUGUAUAUAGAAGAUGUAAAAAGAGAAGGUACAAUUUUAUAAUGGAGCAUAAGAUAUUUAAAAUGACUUAAAUCAUUCUAAAAAAUAUAAUGCAUAAAGUGUUUAUUUAGAUUAAGUUGAAAUAAGAAAAAGUAGUUAUAGAUUAACAGAAUAGGAUUUAGAACCUAAUUAAAAGAAAUUGAAUAGACCAAAUUAUGAAUCAAUUUAGGAAGAACUUAAUUUCAUAAAAUCAAUUGAUUUCCCUUAUAAAAUUAAAAUUUUAGAUCAAAAUAUGAAUUGUUUGGUUUGUGAAAAGAGUACAUUAAAUACAUGUCCUAGAUAUAAUGUUUGUAAUGGUUAUUCUUGUGAGAUAGAUCCAAUGUUUUUACAUUUGCCUUAGAAUUAUUGCAUAGUAUUGGAUUGGAUAGAUUCUUUAGCAUUUAAUUUAUUUUCAACAGUAGUGUCCCAUCAUGAGACAUGUUAGUAAUUAAUUGAGAAUAAAAAUAAUAGAAAGGAUAGAGUAACACCAGAUUAAUGUUUUUCAAUAUUAACAUAAGAAGAGAAAGUUGAAAUAAAUUGUGAUAAUUGUUAAUCAAAAUAAUAAGCAAUAGUAAAAUUAUCAUUGGCACAUACACCAAAUAUAUUGAUAUUACAUUUGAAACGAUUUUAAUAUAGAGAUGGAUAUUUAGAGAAGAUUGAAACAGAUAUAGAUUUUCCAUUAAGAUCUUUAAAUUUAAAAUAAUGGUAAAUAGGAUAGAAUAGUCAUAAGGUAUAUGACUUAUAUGCAGUAGCAAAUCACUUUGGAAAUGGUUAAUAUGGUAAUAAUCUUAUAGUUAAAUUAGGACAUUAUACUUCUUACGUACUAAAGAAUAUAGAUUAGAAAGAUGUAUGGAUACAUUGUGAUGAUGAUCAAAUUAAAACUUAAGCACCAGAAAAGGUUAUGUCUUAAUAUACCUAUCUAUUGUUUUAUAGAAUUAGAGAAAUACCAACUAGUUCCUUAUUAAAUUUAACUUAUAAUCAUUGA